AUUUAGUGAAACUUGGGUCUCUCUGGUAAUCGCAUCAUGUCGGAUAAAUUGAUUUUGUAUGGCAUGGACAUUAGUCCUCCUGUUCGCGCCUGCAAGCUAACCUUGCGUGCCUUGAAAUUGGACUACGAAUACAAGGAAAUGGAUCUACUGGCAGGAGAUCACUUCAAGGAUGAGUUCCUCAAGAAGAAUCCGCAGCACACCGUGCCACUUCUCGAAGAUAAUGGUGCCCUAAUUUGGGAUUCACAUGCGAUUGUUUGCUACCUGGUGGACAAGUACGCCAAGUCGGAUGAGCUAUAUCCCAGGGAUCUGGUGUUGCGCGCCCGGGUGGAUCAGCGUUUGUUCUUUGAUGCCAGCAUUCUGUUUAUGUCGCUGCGAAAUGUCAGUAUACCCUUUUUUCUGCGCCACGUAAGCCUGGUUCCCAAGGAGAAGGUGGACAACAUCAAAGAUGCAUAUGGCCAUUUGGAGAAGUUUCUAGGGGAUAAUCCCUAUUUGACCGGAUCGCAACUGACCAUAGCUGAUUUCUGCUGCGGAGCUACUGCAUCCUCACUGGCCGCUGUUCUUGAUCUGGAUGAGAAAAAGUAUCCCAAGGUGGCUGCUUGGCUUGAACGCCUCUCCAAGUUGCCCCAUUAUGAGGAGGACAAUCUGCGAGGCACGAAGAAGUACAUCAACUUAUUGAAACCCGUAUUAAACUUGGAGUAAUAGUAAUUUGUAUUAAACAGAAAACCAUAAAAUGUCCAAGAAAACGAAUAAAAUCGAAUCAAAAAUGUA